AUGGCAAGACCUCCUGUUUAUUGGGCGAGAUUCAUUUGGAACCAAGCUCUUAUACCUAAGCAUAGAAUAACCUCUUGGCUGUUUAUGCUGAACCGCAAUCCUACAAUGGAUCGCUUGUUAUCUUGGGGAAUAGAUUUGGAGAACUGCUGUCUUCUGUGCGGGAACUCCCCGGAAUCAAGAGAUCAUUUGUUCUUUCUAUGCCCAUACUCUUUUCAAGUCUGGGAGAACGCUAUUGGUGUGUUGGGUUUCAUUAACCCUCCUGUUCAGUGGGAGUUGGUUCUUCACUGGUUAUCUUCGGUCAGUAAUCCUGCCCAGCUGGCAGCGAUUCUUCAAUUAUGGCAUGGCUCUAUCUAUGUCAUCUGGCAAGAGCGGAAUGCACGUUACCAUAAUGGGGUGACAAAACCUCAUUUCAUGUUAUCUAGAGAGGUCAUCAAGCUCGCAAAGGAUAAGUCGACGGCUAUGCGUAGCUGUGGGUCAGACUUUGCUUCAAGUUUAGUGGCUCUGUGGUCUUCGUUCUGA